AUGGAAAACCAAACGGGAAAAGUUCCUGAGGAGAUCAAAUGGCGAAAUCCAUUAUUUGCAUUAUUGCUCAUCACAAUUUGUCUUCUGACAGUUGCUGGAAAUGUGCUUGUAGUGAUUGCAGUUUGCACUAAAAAAUAUUUGAGAAAUCCAACAGGGUAAGCUUUUUUUCUUCACAUAUAGUGUAUUACACCCCCACAAAUCCAAAGGUUAAUCUUGUAAAAAAUUCAAGAAUCAGACACCCACCUAAUUACAUUAGAUUCAUCUAUUCCUUUUUCGUCCAAAAAACCCGAGAGUCCAUUUGAAAAAUUGGAAUUGUAUAAAGAUUCAAAGAUCUUUCAAAAAAACAUGUAUUUUUGCAGAUAUCUCAUCAUUUCUUUGGCAAUCGCUGAUCUUAUUGUAGGAUUAGUUGUGAUGCCUUUGAAUUCGUUGUUUGAAAUGACUAAUCAUGUUUGGUUGCUUGGUUUGACAAUGUGCGAUUUUUUUCAUGCUAUGGAUAUUUUGGCGUCGACGGCUAGCAUCUGGAAUUUGUGUGUUAUUAGUUUGGAUAGGUAUGCGUACAGUCAAAAUUUUGCAUUACUCAUAUUGAGCUAAGAAUUUGCGAGCAUGGUUUUCAGCGCGUCAAGUUUUGUUAGAGGGAGGUCUCAAUGCAAGCCGCUGUUUGCAGACAGUUAAUUGCAGACCGCUGAUUGCAGUCCGUUAUUCGCACCGAUUUUUGCAGAUCUUUGUUUGCAGACCGUUGUUUGCAGACCGUUGUUCGCAGACCGUUGUUUACAGACUCCUAAAUGCAAAGACUUCUUGCAGAUAUAUGGCUGGUCAAGAUCCAAUAGGAUACCGAGAUAAAGUGUCAAAACGACGAAUUUUGAUAGCAAUUCUGUUAGUGUGGGUAAUGUCAGCAUUUCUAUCAUUCCCAGCAAUUCUCUAUUGGCGUACAACAUCUCCACACUUAUAUUUGGAUUCAAGAAAAUGCGACUUCACCGAUUCAAGUAUGUAUGUUGGCUUCUCAUCUCUCAUCUCAUUUUUCAUUCCACUUGGUCUAAUUCUAUUCGCUUAUGGAAAAGUUUUCAUUAUUGCAACGAGGCAUUCAAGAGGAAUGAGAAAAGGGGUAAAAACAGUUAGUGUAAGUUGGCGUAGAAAAGAAAAACAACAAUUUUUAUUUAUUUUUAUUUUAGGUCAAAAGUAAAAGUGGGGUGAAACGUGCAAACACAGAUACUGAAAGUAUAUUAUCCAGUGAAAAUGAGCCGCAGUUACGUGUACAUUUUGGAAGGGGUAAUAAAAACAGUUCAAGUAUGCGAAGUGGAAAAAAUCAUAUUAAUAAUAACAACAAUAAUCGAGAGACCACUAGGCUUCUUUUCAAACAGGUAUUUAAAAAACUAUUUGAAAACCAUUAGUAAAUUAAUUCAGGUGUCUUGUAAAUCGUUGAAUGAUCGAAAUGGUGCAGCCGAAUCUCGUCAACCUUUGCUGAGAAAUGACACUGCAAAUUCUGAUAGUUUACCUGGGGGAAUGUUUAGAGUUCGAUCAGCUACUAGUAAUACGACUAGAUCUGCAGCUACUUUGACUAUUGAAACGGUAAGGAAGUUUAAAAAGCCUCCUGAAGCCUUUUGGAGCCUCUUAAAGUCCCUUAAAGCUCUCUGAAUCCUUCUGAAGUUUAUUGAAGCCUUAUAAAAUCCUCUGAUCUCCUAAAAUUUCAUAAAGCUCCCUUAAAGCACAAAAUGCUAUAUAAACCAAUAAAAAAUCUCAUUCUAUUUUUUUUAGGAUUCAUCCUCUGUGGUUUCCCCAGGCACCCGUCGAAAAUUAAAUGUGCGUGAAAAAUCGCGUCAAAUGAUGCGUUACGUGCACGAACAACGAGCCGCUCGAACCCUUUCAAUUGUUGUCGGUGCAUUUAUUUUAUGUUGGACACCAUUCUUCGUUUUUUCGCCAUUGUCUGCAUUUUGCGGACAAGCGGUAUGUACUUGUACUUUGGGUCCAAAAAAAGAGGGGGGAAAUUUACAUAUACAUACAUUUUUGGCGGAAAUUGAAUUUUCUAUGACAAAUUUGUGGGUUCUCUUUGUCUUAGAAAAAAAAUAUGAAGAAGAUAAAUGUGUGUUUUGUAGUAUUUCCUGAAUCGAGAGGCAAUUUUCACAUUUGUGACUUGGGCUGGACAUUUGAAUUCGAUGCUUAAUCCAUUUAUCUAUUCACGAUUCUCUCGAGAUUUUCGACGAGCGUUCAAACAAAUUCUGACUUGCCAACGUCAACGCAAAGUUCGAACAGCUUUCAAAACACCUUUGUCAUUGGUUUUCACUCAACUUAUAUCAGUUACACAAAUGUGGGAUCAACCACCAAACACUGUCAUUGAAUAA